UCGCUAAAAUAAAGACGUCUCAAUGCGUCAGAACAACACCAAAAACUCAGUAACAGGUUGGGCUUCUCUGUAUUUGCGUCCUGGUUGUGGGUCGCCUGUUUGGGUGUUGAUAUUAGCUUGAUUGUGAGAGCCUCCCAUUGACUCUCCUGUUAAAAUCGAGUACAUUUGGAAAAUUCUUAAAGACGGAAGUGAGCACUCCUGUUUUCCGACAGAGGCUGUGAACGCUGCGCAUGCAUGCCAGUGUUUGAAUGUUUAUUCACGUGUGUUUUAUACGCCUAUGAGUUAUUCCCGAAGAUAGUUCAGAGCUUUCAUUUGCCUCUGUCCCGCUGCGGUAUGGCAGCGGCAGCAGAAGCGGCGGAGGAGAGCCGGAGCAGCGGCGCGCAGGGAGCGCUAACAGGUGACGGGGAACCUGAGGAGGCCGAGGAGUUCACCUGCUCGGCCUACUGCUCGGAGCUCUGCCGGCGGCAGAACGAGCAGAGGAAGUCGGGGUUGUUCUGCGACGUGACGCUGGUGUUCACCUCCGGCGGGGUAGCUGGGCAGGAGAGGGUCCAAACCUUAUCUGCCCAUCGCUCGGUGCUGUCCGCGGCGUCGCAGUACUUCACGCUGCUGCUGGGCGGACAGUUUUCAGAGUCUCUUUCGGGGCGAGUGGAUCUUAAAGAAUGGAGCUCCGCGACGGGACCCGAACCAGAAACUGUGGAGAGUGUCCUGCAGUUCAUGUACACAGGACAGAUCAGGGUGACCACCGGCAAUGUGCAUGAAGUACUGGAACUCGCUGACAGAUUCCUGUUGGCGCAGCUGAAAACUUUCUGCGGAGAAUUUCUGAUAAAGAAGUUAAACUUGUCCAACUGUGUAGCCGUGCACAGCCUCGCCCACAUGUACACCUUGGACCAGCUGGCCCAGGGAGCCGCCAAGACGAUUAGAAGAAAUUUCCACCAGAUAAUCCGCAAUGAGGAAUUCUUCACACUGCCGUUUCACCUGGUGCGGGACUGGCUGUCAGACACAGGAAUCACUGUGGAUUCUGAACAGGAGUUGUUUGAGGCCGUGGUUAAGUGGGUGCACCAAAACGCAGAGGAGAGAGAGAAGCAUUUUGAGGAGCUGUUCAGACUUAUAAGGCUACCUCAGAUUUCGCCUACCUACCUGACACGGGUGGUGAGAAAGGAGCCGUUGGUUGCAAACAAUGCAGCCAGUCAGCAGCUGGUGUCUGAUGCUCUUGAGGUCCACGCUGUUCACUUCGAAAACCUCAAGUCAGCUGAUUUAGAGCUCUGUGCCUCCUACAUGGCAGCGAUUCAGCCUCGUCUUGGCCAGAACAUGGAUGUCAUCAUGGUAGUCGGUGGUGUUUCAGAAGGUGGAGAUUAUCUGAGUGAGUGUGUUGGCUACUUUGUCGCUGAGGACCGCUGGGUAAACCUGCCGCACAUUCACAACCACCUCGACGGACAUGCCAUCGCAGUCAGUGACAGCCAUGUGUAUGUGGCGGGCUCCAUGGAACCAGGCUUCGCCAAGACGGUGGAGCGAUUCAACCCCAACCUCAACAGCUGGGAGCAGGUCAGCAGCCUCACCUACCGCAAGCACUCCUUCGGCCUCACGUGUGUCAAAGACUUACUCUACAGCAUCGGAGGUCAUGGCAACUUUAGUCCAGGCUUUAAGGAUGUUACUGUGUACGAGCCUGAGCAGGACGAGUGGCACAACCUCGAGCCAGCACCCAAGAUACUACGAGAUGUAAAAACGGUGGGCGUAGAAGGCCGCUACAUAUACGUGAUGGCUAGAACUCCUGUAGACAUGGACAAUGAGGAUGGACUGAGCACAGUGACCACCUGCUACGACACAGAGAGUCACAAGUGGCAGGAAGUGGACUCCUUACCGCUUAUCGAUAAUUACUGCACUUUUCAAAUGGCUGUCGCAUCCACAAACUUCUACCACACAGCUUCUUGUUGCGCCAAAAGCUACAAGGUAACAGCUGAGGAGGCUCAGCAGAAAAUAAGCCGAAAUAUCUCAGAUGACAUCCUCGACAGCCUCCCUCCAGAGGUGCUGAGCAUGGAGGGUGCUGCUGUUUGCUACCUGGGCGAAGACAUAUUCAUCAUAGGCGGGUGGAGGAACUGCAACAACAUGGACAAGCAGUACCGCAAGGAGGCUUACCGUUACUGCUCUGAGAGGAAGCGCUGGAUGCUGCUGCCACCCUUACCUCAGCCACGAUGCAGAGCCACAGCCUGCCACGUUCGUAUCCCGUACCAUUAUCUUCACGGUUGCCAGCACUACCCUAUGCCCCAGAACCUGGCUCGCCAGCGGGACCGCAUGCAGCAGAUGCAGCAGCUCCAUCGCCGCACCCUCACUCUGCGCAGACAGCUGCAGUCCCAAAUCGAAUGCUGAGAGCCUUGCCUAGAUAGCUCUUCAUCUGCUGAUGAAUGCCUUGUUGUUACCACCAAACUUUUGCCUUGUUUUUUGCCUUCAUUGAAGUGAAAUCAUGGAUGGAUUUCUACUGGACACAGACCCUGGGGCCCAAAUUGCCAGGCCUUCACCUGCAAAAUGUCACUCAAAGAGAUGUGUACCAACCAGGAAGAAAUGAAGAAUGACCACAAAGGGACACAAAAUUACCGAAAAACACACAUGCCACACAUACGGAUGCAUUACAACUACAAAGAGAUGCGAAACAACAAGAAAAAAGAUGCAAAACCACCACAAAGUCUGUGUCUCUUGCUUCUCUGUAGGAGAGGUGGUGGGGCCUUCUGCGAGUCUGGGCCCAGGGGCCUGUUGUCUAAUAAUCCGCCCAUGAGUGAAAUGUCUGCAUGGGUUUACGUGGGCCUGGUUUGUAGCCUGACAUGCUACUAAAUCAGUUUUACAUUUUAAUUUUGGCCUUGCAUUCCUAGCUUAUGCCUUACUUUAGUUCUUCUAGUCAAUGAAACUGUGAUAGCUUUGCCACUGAAAAUAUUGUUGAUUUCAUUGCUUAACAACUUAGCUUAGCCAUUUAUAUGGAGCCUGUGUUAACACCUAAUGAUGUCGAAUUAUGUUGUAGUGUAGUAUAAAAUAAAUUGAUGUCUAUAUUAAUUUAAGUUAGAAGAAAAUAAUAAAUUACAAGCGUGCGGAUAAGAAACUUACUGUAACAACAAGCUGAGCUUUAACUUUUUACUUCUCACUACUCUCAUCUUAUUUCUCUUCUACCUCCAGUUUCCAUCAUGCUUUUUUGCACAGUAGGGGUUGAAAUAUAUAAAUGUUGUUUGUAUAUAGUGUGUAUGUCAUGUGUGCCCCACUUCCAGCUGACAAUCAUGUAUCAGAAUAUUUGUAGCACGAGAUGAGUAUUGAGAAAAAGCACAUAUUGGGGAACAGGGUGUUGAUUAUAUCCCCUUAUGAAGACAUGCAUACUACAACAGCUUUAUGCAGAUUUUAAUUUUCACUUUUUUGCCUUUCCAGUGUGAAUGUGUAUGAUUUAUUUGAUUUCCAAGGUUGUUGCAUUGUUGCAUAGUUUUAAAGAUUGCUUAAUGCCACCACAAUAUUGAUGAGAAAUCACUUCUGGUAAAAUGAGCUAUUUAUUUAAUUUUGAAUACUUUUGUCCAAUUUCAUGAUGUCAGCACACUGACUACUGGCUCAAGACUGUGGCUUUGUCGAGUCAUUUUGUUUGUUGGUUUAAAUGGACUCCUGUGGUUUGUUUUACCUUUGGGCUUCUGGCAGAUUUUGAUCUGCCCCUUACUUUGUCUCACUGCACUAUGAAAUGUGUGAAACACAUUUAACCAGGAGCCUAAUGUGUUUUUGGUGCAUGGGUCUCUCCAUGUGCCAAACUGUGCCAUAAAAUCCCACCUGCCCCUUAUUAAUACAGUUGAAAUAUCUGUAUUUCCUGCACUAAAGGACCUUGAAUGUUAACUUAAACAUUGUACAGUGUUGCUUUUUUGACUAAAAUCCUCACAGUGUUGUGUGGACCAGUGGCUGAACUCACUGUAUCUGUUACUAUCUUGUGCCUGUGGUAUUCUCAGCCAAGUUCUAAUAAAUAGUAUCUAAAUACGCUUUGUGAGCCACAAGCAUUUUGCAUUUUUCCAAUAAUGUACUUUAUGUAAUGUGAACAGCAUUAUUUGAUGAAAGGAAAUAAUUUGAUGGGAUUUGGUUAAGCCACUUUACUGUGAAGUGCACACAGGAAACUAGGAUUUUAGUCAUUGGCUGUAGUGUAUACCAAUAUUGUGUUGGUGGCUUUGUUUGAAUUUCAGAUUUUUUCUCAAAUUUGAUCUUUUGAAUGUUGAUUUUUGUUGAAGUAUGAUUUGCCAUUGUCAUGUAUUCAGAUUCCAUGCAGCCAUGUGCUCCAUACAGUAUCAUUCCAUUUGUAUGUGCAAGAAAGUGUACAGACAUUUAAAAAUAAAGAAUAAAUAACAAAA